AUGACACCAUCCUACUCGAGUAUUCAUGCUGCCUCCAUGGAUCCGUCUUCUGUUUCUGUCUCUGUCUCUGUUUCCGCGUCCUUACCUACACCACCCACAUCUUUCUCAGGCGUUCGAUCCGAUAACAAUAACAACAAUAACCGCAGCAACGGAGACAACAACUACCUCGAGAGCAGCGAGACAACAAGCUCCGGAACAAACAGAAGGAGCAACUCGGCCGACGGGAUCGUGGCUGGCAGUUCGUUCAACUUUACUUCCAGCAAUCCGGAUGAGAGCCGCCACCAAUAUCAGCUUGCGCAGCCAACAACGACGACAUUGCCUUCUUCCUCUUCUUCCACAAACAACCACAACAGUAACAGCAACACAACUCAGUCGGCGCGGUUAGAGGUCGACGACAGAAUCCAUUUCCGACUCUUGGACGGUAUCUAUUUCUCGGCGCCACCUCGUUCUCUUCGCCACGACGACGAUCUUGGCAUGGACUCGCCACCUCAUUCCCAGACCAGAUCGGACCUGCAGUACAUUGAUAUCCAAGACACCAACUUUUCAGACCAAGAGGACGAAUACAUGCACGACAACAACGCGAUGGAGGAUCUGGACUUUGGAGAAUCACAACCGCACCACUCUAUGUAUGACGGCCAAGGGGACGAGUUUGCUUCUGUUACGUUCCGCCGUCGGUCCAGCCAUCCAGAACUGAUCGAAGAAGAGGAGGAAGAUGAAGAGCCUCGUCAGCUCAACAGUCGUCAUCGCAACAUUCUUCAGCACGUAGAUGAUGAUGAUGAGGAUGAUGAGGACGAUGGUAUUAAUGAAGUCAUGGAGGGUCACCGUCACUCUGCUGCUCUGGUUCGCUCACCCUCGUCCUCUUUACCUUCGCAUUUUGAGCGUCCUCGGCAUGCACAGCUUUCACCUCGUUCGGCAGCCGCGCUGACCAGCAUGAUCACUAUGGGACGCUCGUCUUGGCCACCUUUGAUAAGUUCGUCGAUUACUUCAGACCUGAUCGCCGUAUCCCAGCCUGGUGCCCGAAGUGAAUACGAUAACAACCCGUACUAUCGCCGACCUGGCGCCUCCUUCCACGGACAGACGGAUCACGGCAGACAAAUGGGCGCUUCGAACUCUUCUCACUCUCGUCAGAAUUCGAUGCCAAACCACCCAAUGUGGCAGUCAUCUUCUUCGGUUCCAGGCAACACGUUCAUACCUCGAUCGAUCCCAAUUCAGCACAAUGCAGUUGACCGCUCGACGAGCAGUUCUCAUCACCAGUACGGACGGAGACCUCUGACUGAUGCUCGGGGUUGUGGUGAAGUGAACUAUGCUCCUAGCCUGGAGGCUCGAGGAGACGUCUGGCCUUUGACGUUUGAUAUGUACUAUGCGGAUGGUGGCGAGUUCAAUGCGGCUCACUCUGUCGAGAAUGUCCUCAAGAACGACACCUCCGUCUAUUGCUCGAGGCGGUCCACCAAUAUCAACAUUUGCUUGAAGCUGUCGCAGCCCCACCUGACAUUUGUCCUCACGCAGUUCAAGGCCAAGGCGCCAACGACAGGAUUCACAGCACCUUGCAAGGAGGGACUUAUCUUUAUCAGCCAUGAGCCCAUUCAGCUCGAAAAGACCUCGCUCUUUGACAACAUGACUCGACAGAUGUACGACGAGUACAUGGGCACGGUGCAGCACCAAUCGGGUUUCAGUCGGAUGUAUCAGAGUCAUGGCUCCGAUGCCGAUUCUCUGAUCCCUGCGGCAUUCUUCCAGCUCGGUGGUCCAGACGAGACCUGCACCGUCGACUUUUCUCCCAACAGAUCUGGACGAUAUGUGCUUAUCAAACUCCUGAGAUCGAGAUGCACCAACUCCCUGCAGCGGCCGGAGAACAUUGACCUACAGUACCUCGGCCUGAUCGGCUUCACGGGUGCGCGUUCUUUCGCGUCGGGUGGGCUCCUGUAA